GUGAGAAGCCCUUCAAGUGCGAGUUUGAGGGCUGCGACAGGCGCUUCGCCAACAGCAGCGACAGGAAGAAACACAUGCACGUCCACACCUCGGACAAGCCCUACAUCUGCAAGGUGUGCGACAAAUCCUACACCCACCCCAGCUCACUUAGGAAACACAUGAAGGUGCACGAAUCCCAGGGGUCGGACUCUUCCCCUGCGGCCAGUUCGGGCUACGAGUCCUCCACCCCCCCCGCAGUGGGCUCUGCCGGCAGUAAGGACUCCACUAAAACGCCGCCGGCCGCUCUUCAGAGUAACCCCGGCCACAACCCUGGACUGCCCCCCAAUUUUAACGAGUGGUAUGUGUGAAAGGCAGCUGCUGCCCGGCCACAGACUGGACCAAAUGCGUUGGGAACGAGGGAUAAAAAACAACCCAGGACAAAACCAAGCCAACUGCAGCUCGCUCCCACGGAAAUGGAGUUUCCACACCGAUGACCACAUAGGGCUACACCUAGUUAAUGCCAGGAGCCGGAGGGGGGGUGUGUGUGUUGUUAUUAUAUUAUAAUUAUUCCUAUUUUUUGCAAGCCCAGACGCUGGACUAGCCAUGUCCUUUUCUCAGGAUUAGAUUUCUCUUUUUUUCCCCCCUUUUUCUUGUCAUCAUUUUUUGCAGUCGUGUCUUUGAUAUUUUUUUUCCCUUCCUUACCCGAAUCCUUCUUCCUCCGAUUCCCC